AUGCGCGACGGCGCGUCGUCACGAGCCCUCGUGGGCAUUCUAGCGCUCGACCGGGCGGUUGGGGCCACGGUCGCGGACGAGUCGCGCGUCGGGAAUUUCUCGCGCGGAGACGAAGCUUACUUCUGGCAGAAGCUCGGGCGAGCGCUGCCAGGCGUCCUCGACUUUACGCUGGCCGCCUCGCGGGAGCAGCGCGCACAAUUGGCGGCCGCGCUUAGAAACGUCGCCGCUUUCGACCACCACCGGCGCGCCGUCGGCGCGCGGCCCAUCGCCGUCGCGAUCGUCGAGCCGAUCGACUGGGCGUCGCUGCUGCGGUACUCCAUCUUCGCGUCGCGCCGCGACCUGAACGUGUUGCGCGGCGUCGUCGACGGGAUGGUGAGAGCUGACCCGCGCCUCCGCCGCGAGGCGGAGAACGUCCGGGCCCCCAUCCGUGUGGCCACACGGAUCCAACGGGCCUGGCGGGCGCGACGGGCGGCGAAAGGAGACGCGCCGUCGUCGUCCCCAUAG